AAGAAAGAAAGAGAAAAAAAUAAUAAGCUAGGUAAUAAAGAAAGAAGAUGGCUCUGCCAAUUGCCACUCGUCUACUUCUUUAAUGCUUCAACGCUUUCCAGUUUCAAGGAGGCUUAAGCUUAGUAGUCCCAUCUUCUCCUCCUCCUCCAGUUUUCCGCAGUAAAAAGAUGAAGCGUUUCGUUAAAUGCCACCUUGCUCUGAUGUUGUAAUGGCGGCUUCUCUUCAUUUUGCCACAAAUGUAUGGCUAAUAUUUGUAGUUUACCCCAGGCUGUAUAGGCAUUAAUUGAAGUCUGGUCUGAUCAUUGAAGAAAUAUGGAUAUUGAGCAUAGGAAGAAAUGGAAAUCAGUAGUGCCGGAGAUUUUGAAAAGCAAAUCAGCAUCUCGUUUUUUUGCAAAGGUGAAGCCAACUAGUUUUGAUCCGAGGUGUGCGCCAGUGUAUCUCAAUGUCUAUGACCUAGCCCCCAUCAAUGGCUACUUUUACUGGGCUGGCCUCGGUAUCUUUCAUUCUGGUGUGGAAGUUCAUGGCGUGGAGUAUGCAUUCGGAGCUCAUGAGUACCCGACGAGUGGUGUUUUCGAGGUCGAACCACGACAGUGCCCGGGGUUCAAGUUCAGGAAAUCAAUAGUCAUCGGGAUGACAUCAUUGGACCCAAUUAAAGUAAGGGAAUUCAUGGAGCGGAAUUCAGCAAGGUAUCAUGGAGAUACGUAUCACUUGAUUGUCAAGAACUGCAACCAUUUCUGUAAGGAUAUUUGCUACAAGCUGACGGGGAAACACAUUCCAAAAUGGGUGAAUCGACUGGCAGGAAUAGGUUCAAUGUGCAGCUGCAUUCUUCCCCAAACCCUCAAGACUUCGGUUGUGCGCCAUGAUACGAACUAUCAACCGUACGAUAGCGAGAAGAGGAGGCUGAGAUGCACCUUGAGUUGCCUAUCUUCAGUGUCGAUGCGGCAAAAGUCUUCAUUACUCCUACAAUCACCCUUAAGGGGCUGCUUACCUCCCUGGGAUUCAAAGAAAUCAAAUAAUGUUUUCUAUUGAAAUGGGGUUUCUUCGCCAUUCAAGUUUUAACAUUCAUCGACCUAUGCUCAAUUAAUAUGACCGGAGAUCUAUUUCGGUGUUGUCCUCUUAGUUCAUGGAGUGCAUGUGACACUAAUUUGUUCAAAUCUGUUUUAAGAUUUCAUGAUAAAGGUCUUCAACGAUUAGACAAAUUAUAGCAAUUGCUGGACUGUAUAAUAUGGCAGGCAGUUCAUGUAUACUUGCCGGGCAAGUACCAUGUUAAUGAUACAAAAAUGUUGAUACGUUGAUCAUGUAUGAUACAAUGGCU